AUGUCUACUAAACGUAGUGUUUAUAAAAAGAAUAGUCCAAAUGAUAAAUUAGUAGUAUAUUUAAUACAACGAGAUAUAUUUGAUGAUUUACAAGUGGUUGAUCCAAUUGAAGGUGUUGCUACAAUUGAUAAGAAUAAAUUAAAAUGUUCUAAAAUAUUUGCACGUAUACGUUGUACAUUUCGUUAUGGUGAACAACAAUUAGAUGAUGUUCUAUCUGGUGUAACAUUCUACAAAGAGUUUUUUAUACAAACUAAACAAAUCUAUCCAGUUGAUAUGAAUGAAGAUAAAGAUAAAUACAGUGAUGUACAAAAACAUCUUAUUGAACGUUUUGGUGAUAGUGCUCUACCGUUUCGUUUCACUUUAACACAUGAUAUUCCAGCUUCCAUUACAUUACAAAUGGAUAAUAGGAAUUCAUUAGAUGACAAUCCAUGUGGAAUUGAAUAUGUUCUACAAGUUUAUGCAUCAGAAACGCCACAAUGUACAAUUGGAAAACGAAAUGCGGUUAAUCUGGUUAUACGUAGACUUACAUUGGCUAUUCCAAAGCCAGAUGAUAAUGUUUAUACCAAAGAGAUCAUUCAACCAUUUCAUUUUCAUUCAGGUCAAUUGCAUAUUACAGCAAUAUUACCAAAAGAUGUAUAUUACCAUGGUGAAUCCAUACCAUUGAAACUUUUAAUUGAUAAUGAAUCAAGUAAUAUUGUGCGUCGAUUAAAUAUACAAGUGAUACAAAAUGUUGAAAUCACAUUAUUCAAAAGGCGUACAAUGCGUUGCAAUGUUGUUGAUAUGGAAACAGAAAGAGGUUUUCCCAUUAAUUCACACUCUACAGGAUGGAAUGAAAUCUUUCAAUUACGACCAUCAUUACAAGAGAUAAGAGGACAAGCGGUUAUUGCUUUAGAUGGUAAACUGAAACAUCAAGACACAAAUCUUGCCAGUUCUACCUUAAUAAAAGAUUAUAGAAAGAAGGAAAAUAUGGGAAUUAUUGUUCAAUAUAUGAUAAGAAUUAAAGCUGUGACUGGUUUUGGUGGACGAGAUGUGGAAAUGGAAAUACCAAUUAUAUUAUGUCAUUCACGUCAACAACAGGAGAUUACCAAAGCUGAAGAAGCAAAUGAUUUAAUAAUUGAAGAGUUUAAACGACCAACAGCCAAACAACGUCAAACAACUGAGGAGAUGGAGAAAAUGGAUAAUUACUUAGAUUACCAUCCUUUACUUGUUUUGGAUUUGGAAAAAGUUAAGUCUUGUCAUGACCAGCUAUUUACAUAUAAUUUCUGCUCACAAGACUCAGAAACUCAAAAAUACAAAAUACAAGUUCUGUAUUCUCCUACUGACUAA